AUGGCCUCCUUGACCAAUGUAUAUCAUUUACGUCGUGUCGCAGACACGUCUGCCAGGCCCUGUUUGAUCUGCUAUAAACCGUCGACCAGCGUAUUGAUCACACCCGACAAUAAGGAUUUUUUCUAUGUCUGUCCAAAACAUCUCCAGGACCGCCACUUCUGUUCACCUAUUAUCGAUGCUGAACGAGAAGCAGCACGCCUGAAGGAGCAGCAAAUGGCUGAAGAAAUUGAGAAAGUCAAGAAAGAGUACGAAGAGAAACAAAAACGCAAAAAGGAACGCGAGAAAUCCAAAAAGGACGACAAGGACGAUUCAAAAGACAAGGACGCAAAAGACUCCAAACAAUCGAAGGAGUCCGAGGCAAACGAAGAAAAAGAACGCGAUGAAAAGAUUGAUGCCAUCAAAAAGGGCAAUGCGGCAAAGCCAGAUGACAGUCAACGCGUCUUUGCACUUCACAAGACAUUUUACCAAAUGCGAAUCGACAGGCUGAAAGGUAUUGAGAUGGCUAAACGAAAUCAAGAACGAAUGAAAAAUCCGUCCUUGUUCCCUUCCGUUCCAUCCAACGACCUUUGA